UCUACCCUUUGGUACUUCCAUGGUGUCCAGUAUAGGGUUAAUUAAUGCUUCUCGGGCCUCCACAUGGCACCCGUAUCUCUCACUGCUAUUUCCAUGUGGUUCAGCAUUCACCCCUGAAAGUUUUACCAUGACAUAUUCACAUGCCCUCAACUGUCCUUGACCACAAGUAAAUUUCUUGGGGUGGGAUAUUCCUGUAGUUUCUACUCAGCCAAAUCUCAGCAGCAGAAAUGGACCUACACAAACCUUUGGGCAAAGAAUAAGCUGUAGGCUCUGGCUGUCUUCUUUGUGUCAUACCCUAGUUUUCUGUCCUUCUAGUGUGCUCUCCCCAGUACUCUGACUGGUUGUGCCCAGUCGUGCACAGCGACCUGUCUUUCAAAUGAAUUCUGUCUCCUUUGUCUGGAAAAGCAUGCUGUACAUCCUGCUUAGGUUGCUGCUGUGGAGCAGAGGAUGAGGAGGCCCCCUUUGCACAGAGCGCUUCUGUAGGCGUUUCACGGACCUGGACGCCCAGGGCUGCUCUGUCUUCCCGGAAGACCCACCCCUGUGAGAUGUGUGGUCCCGUCUUGAGAGACAUUUUCCACUUGGCUGAGCUCCAGGGCAAAGAAAACAGCCAGAAACGGUUGGGGUGUGGGGCCUGCGGGAAACGAUUUUCUUUCAGUGUGAAGUUGGAGCAGCAGCAGCAGCAGCAGCAGGAGGAGCCCUUGGGAGCAAAACCAUUCAGAAGCCGUGUGGACAGGGCCUCUGCUGUCAAGAGCUCGGGAUCCGGUAGUUCGGGAAAGCCCUUUAGCUGUGGAGAGGUUGAGAAGGACUUGCUCUCUGGCUCGGGGCAUCUGGGGCAAGAGGCCACUCAUACUGGGGAGAAAGCACACAUGAUCCCCCAGUGCAAGGCAACGUUACAGCGCGGAAGCAGUCAUGGUGCUUGGGGAGGAUGCGAGAAUGCCUUUGGUCCCAAACACACAGUUACACGUGACCAGGGUGUCCACCUUGGAGGACAGUGCUUUGUGUGCAGUGAAUGUGGGAAAACUUUCAGGUACAAGUCCUUAUUUGCCAUACACCAGAGAUACCAUACUGGAGCACGACAUCAUGAGUUUGGUCCAUGUGGAAAAUCCCUUGGGGAACGACCAACCCUGAACGAACAUGGGAAGACUCAGGGUGGAUCCAGGCAGUACACGUGCAGCAAAUGUGGGAAAUCUUUCGGUGGUAAAUCUGUGCCCCGUAAUGUCCAGAAAUUGCCCAGUGGAGGGAAAAAUUAUGUUUGUAGCGGGUGUGUGAAAUCUGUCAGCGGUAGCUCAGUGUUGAAUACUCAUAGGGUUCAGUCUGGAGAUAGGUUUUAUAAGUGUCGCAUAUGUGCAAAAUCUUUUCCGUCUAUGUCUGCCCUCCGUUAUCAUCAGCGAUCUCACACAGGGAAAAGACAGUAUGAGUGCAGUGAUUGUGGGAAAUCUGUUACCAGUACUUCAUCUCUCCGUUCUCACCAGAGACUUCACACUGGAGAAAGGCCUUAUAAAUGCAAUGAAUGUGGGAAAUGUUUUGUUCAUAUUACUUCCUUCCGUUCUCACCAAAGAGUUCACAGUGGAGAAAGGCCUUACGAGUGUAGCAAAUGUGGCAAAUCCUUUAUGAGCACCGGUGGCCUCCGUCAUCACCAUAGUGUUCACACUGGAGAAAAGCCCUAUACGUGCCAUCAAUGUGGCAAAUCUUUUACAAGUAAAUUUCAAGUCUCUUGUCACCAGUGGGUUCACACUGGAGAAAAGCCUUAUACGUGCCAUGAAUGUGGCAAAUCUUUUACAAGUAAAUUUCAAGUCUCUUGUCACCAGUGGGUUCACACUGGAGAAAAGCCUUAUAAGUGCAGUGAAUGUGGGAAAUCCUUUGCUAGGAAUUCUGCCCUCUGUCGUCAUCAGACGGUUCACACUGGAGAAAGGCCUUAUGAAUGCACUGAAUGUGGGAAAUACUUUCGUCAAAAAAGUUCCGUCUAUUAUCACAUCAAGCUUCAUCCUGGUGAACAGACUUAUAAGUGUUAUUUAUGUGGGAAAUCUUUUACUGCUAAAUGUUCCUUCCGUUUUCACCAGAAAACUCAUGCUGGACAGAAACCUUAUCAGUGUAUUGAAUGUGGGAAAUGUUGUACUACUCUUUUUGGCUUUCGUAAUCACUGCAGACGUCACACUGGAGAAAGACCUUAUGAGUGCCGUGAAUGUGGGAAAUCAUUCACCUCUCAUUCUGCUCUCUAUUAUCACCAGAAAAUUCACACUGGGGAAAGGCGUUACAAGUGUAGCGAAUGUUGCAAAUGUUUUAUGAUUUUUAGUGCCCUCCGACGUCACCAGAGAACUCACUCUGGAGAAAAGCCUUACAAGUGCCAUGAAUGUGGGAAAUCCUUUGCUGCAAAUUCUUCGCUCCGUACUCACCAGAUACUUCAUACUGGACAGAGACCUGAUAAAGUGCAGUGAAUGUGGGAAAUCUUUCAUCACUAGUAAACAGCUCCAGGAUCACCAGAGAGUUCACAGUGGAGAGAGACCUUAUAAAUGCCCUGACUGCAGCAAAUCCUUUGUCCAAGAAAGUACCCUCAGUAAACACAAAAUGCAUCACACAGGUGAACGGCCUAUUAAGUGUAAUGAAUGUGGGAAAUCCUUUUUUACUAGAUCUGCCCUCCAUUCCCACCUGACACUUCACACUGGAGAAAAGCCAUAUGAGGGCAAUGAAUGUGGGAAAUCAUUCUGUACUGUUUUUUCCCUCCGUUCUGACAACAGAAUUCACACUGGAGACAGGCCUUACGUGUGUAAUGAAUGUUGGAAAUCAUUUGCUGAUAAUUCUACCCUCCACCGUCACCAGAGACUUCACACUGGAGAAAGUCCUUAUCAGUGCAAUGAAUGUGAGAAAUCUUUUAUUACAAGUACUGCCCUCCAUUGUCACAAGCUAGUUCACUCAAGAGAAAGGCCUUAGAGUGCCAUGAAUGUGGGAAAUCUCUAUAAGUCAUCAUGCUUUGAGACAUCAUUACAGCCUUCGCACUGCAGGAAGGAUCUAAAACAGCAAAGGUGGUGAUACUUCUUGUGUAGUGGCGUUUAGGCUGGAGGACAACCUCUGAGGUAGACAACACCUGAAUUAACCAUGGUUUCCCUGAAUGUCCCCAGUGCAGUGAUUUCCCAUAAGAACCAGCCUUUUGGGGCGCAUGGGUGGAUCAGUGGGUUAAGCCGCUGCCUUCGGCUCAGGUCAUGAUCUCAGGG